CGACCGUGCGCUCCCUGGGCUCAUGCUGAUUGAGCGGGACGACUUGUUGUGGCUGCCUCUGCUGAAGCAUGGCCAUCAUGUCCAUCAUACCCUUUUGGAAUGUCUCCUGGAGCUGAGCCGUGAUAAGGGCCAGGUCAGACGCGAAGAGCGGCUGAGGCUCCACAUGCUGGAUAUGCUGGGAUCACUGACCGAGGGUCCAAAGUUUGGACGGUAGGUGACCUCCGAGCCGGUGAGGGAGUCCGCUCGGCCUCUCGGUUAUGCGCAGGCGAAUGGCCUCGCUCCGGUCGGGGGAUUGGGGGAUCCCGAUUAUGUGCGGGCGAGUGGCCUCUCUCUGGCCGAGAGACCUGCUCGGAGGCUGGCUUGCCGCGAGUGUUUUUGGUUGGUGCCAUGGUCAAUUGGCGUUCUGAGCUGAGUAGCUGAAUGAAUAAAUCUGAGUGAGUGGUGGCGAAGUAACUUUUUGUACUAUCCCCACAGACGGCGCCAAACUGUUUCUGUCUAGAAAUUAAGGGUUGCGAUUCCUUUGCUUAGGGAGUACCGGGUCAGAUUCGAAUGUCCUGAGUCAAAGUCCGUACGCCGGAAUCCUGCAAAAGUAACGGUUAGACUGCCCCGGGGGUUGUUCCGGGAUCGCCUCUCCGACGCUCAAGUCAGUGAUCAAGCUUAGAGAGAUAAAGUCUAGAGAGAGAUGCUCUGGUUUGUUAGGUAAGAAUUCAAUACCUUCUCAUUGAUGAGGGGGUUGAGUAUUUAUAGUGCUGGGGAUUUCCCAACUGUAGGCCAGCUAGGGGGCAUUGACAGCUGGAAUGCACCAUCACAGGUGGGGCCCACUGGAAGCUCUAAGGCAUUUAUUGGGCUGGAUUAUCCUUGGUAAGCUUAAACCAGGAAAUAAGCCCAAACAGAAAGAUUUGGUCUUCCGUGUUAUAUCCAAGCAAAGAAAAAUUCACCUAGCCGAAACACACUGAGUGAAUACAUUUGCGAGGCAUAUUGUUAAAUCCACCUCCUUUAUUGUUUCCAUUUUAUGUCGUGGUGUCACUUUAAAGGCCCGUUUGGUAGUUGGUUGUAAAUGGUGUUAAUGAGAACGAAUUUGUGCGCAAAUUUGUGAAAAAUAUUGUUGUCCAUUCCCAUGGUAAUGCUAAUUUAUCCUAAAGUGUCCACUUUCCUUCUUGAAUUCUCAUUCCCAUCCAAUACCACCUUGUAGGUGGUAAUGAAUGGUAAUGACAAUUGAUUCCCCUUGGAGACAACACAAGUUUAGGGGUGAGAUUGUUUGCCCAUGGAAAAAUGCCUCCCCACGGAGAUUUUAAAGGUGCUUCCCUAAUGAAAUUACACUUAAAAUUCAUUCUCAUUGCCGCAAUUUAUUAACGACUACCGAACGGGCUGUAAACGUCAUGUAAUUUAUGCAUCUUUUUUUUAUUUGUGUAGCAUUCUUAUGUUUCCCCUUUUAUGGAAUCUUCCGUUUUGUUUAGACUGUAAUUUUGGUUCAAGACAUUUGAAUGCAUGGUCAAGUUCUGUAUAGAAGAGUUGACAGUUAUUUUAGAAUCUACUGAAAGUGAAUUAGCUACAAGAUCGCACGAACUUGAUGAAGCAGUCACUUAUUGCCAAGAACUUGAAGCUAAGGUGAUGAGGCAAGAAGAGACGGUAUCUGCGUUGGAGAUGGACUUGGAAAAGGCCAACCAUUCUGUAAACAUGCUCACUGAUGACAAUUUGAUGCUGAGGUCUCAAGUGGAAGAUAUUAUGGAAGCAAGAAGUUCUCUCGAGAGAGAACUGAGUGAGAAAAAGAGCAUAAUUGACAGUUUGGAAAAUGAAGUACUUGAAAUGGGGAACACUCUAGGCCAUGUGAAUGAUUUAGUUGAAUCUUUGAAGAGCAACUUGGAAGAAGCUAACAAUGAAAAGGACCAGCUUCAGAAGGAUCUACUGGUCCUGGAAGGAAAGGUUGAAAAUGCUCAUGCUCUCGCCGAGGAGAAUGAAGCUGUUGCUGCAGAAGCUAAGGAGAUUGCUGAAUCUAGAAGGUUAUAUGCUGAAGAGAAAGAAGAAGAGGUGCAGCUUUUAGAAACAUCCGUGCAAGAAUUAGAUUCUACCAUUAGCGUAUUAGAAAACAAGGUUGAUGUUCUGAAAGGAGAAGUUGAAAAGCAAAGGUUGCAGAGAGAGGAGCUAGAAUUGGAGCUUCAGUCCCUUAAAACCCAGAUGCUUAAUGUUGAGAAUACUGAUGCAGACAUUAAAAGCAUAGAAUCACCAAUGAACGAAUCCGGAUGGCAGAACUCGUGCCAGAUCAUUCACCAUUCGGCUCAAGGUCAGGGGAUAAUCGGCAAACUCCCAGAAGAGGUUCUCAAUCACCAUUUUUUCCGCACUUGAUCGAUAGGAUUGGUCAAGCCAUAUAGUUCUAAUUAGGCCUUGUAUAACAGUGAGUUGCUAGCAUCCUGCUAAACUGUAAAGAUGUGUAUUAUGUAUCACGUUAACCAGUAAAUAUAAGCGUAGUUUGCUGGCUUGUAUAGGUUAAUUCUUUUGUUGUAACCUUACGUAUAAUUUUGAAUGUGCAUUAUCAUCUAAAUGCCUUCAUUAUAGCAA